UCUCAUUUUCAUUGCCGCACUAGAACCCUAUUAUUGCCAACCUCUGUUGUCGCCGUUUUUUUCCAUUGCUUCUCAAUUCCUUCCGGCAUCUUCAGAUACUCUCUUGAAGAGACUGCUCUCAUGGGUCGUCGGACGAUAAUCCGGAUUCGUAAAAUCCUCAGAGUUCCUCACAUUAUUACCAUACCUAAGAUAGUAACGGUUGAGAAAAGCCCCGAUUCCUCGACCAUUUUUUCUUCUCUCACUGGAUUCUCUUCAUUAAUGGCAGUCUACGCGAGUCUCCUUUCGAUUUCGGACGAUCCGAAGGAUCCGCUCUCCGAUUUGGAAACGGAGGCAAAGCUUCAUCUCCGAGCCAUCCACCGUGAGGAGGCGGAGGAUGCCGACAGCCGUCGCUGGUUUGCCCAGCUGCGGAGCCGGUCCGACCCCCCAUGGUGGCGGCUGUGCAAGAGCCUGCUCUGGAAGACAAGCCUGCGCCUGCGGCAAAUGAUUCAGAUUCAGAGCUUUAUGGUCGCUUACACCUUUGCCCUUGAAGGUAAAUGCUAAUAAAAGCCCUGAGAUGAACCCCUUAUGAUGUGAAGAGGACUUUUGGUUUUGAUGUAGUUAUAUUGAGGAUUUCUAUUCUGUUCUGUACUGUAAGUGAGAUGACAAACUUGUCUGGAUAGUGUCAUAAUCAACUUACGAUCCCGAUCACCUGGUCAGCAACUGACCAGGAAUCAUUUGCUCACUUACCGUCCGAUUGAAAUCAGACGGUUGACAGAUCUCCCCCAAAAUUCAGAUAUCUGUCAACCGUCUGAUUUCAAUCGGACGGUAAGUGAGUAAAUGAUCCUUGGUCAGCAACUGACCAGGUGAUAUCGGACGGUAAGUGAGUAAAUGAUCCUUGGUCAGCAACUGACCAGGUGAUCGGGACUGAAUCAACUUAUUUGAUGUAUUGAGGAUUUCUAUUCUGUUCUGUACCGUAAGUGAGAUGACAAACUUGUCUGGAUAGUGUCAAAAUCAACUUAUCUGAUGUUUGGUUUAAUACAGUUAAUUUGGUUCUAAGUAUUUUUAUACAUUCAAAAGUAA